GACCGGUAAAUUUCUUUAUAAGGCCGGAAUUAAUAUCGCCAAGUUAUUAUUUGCAUUGACACCUAAAACCGCGCGAAACUUUUCGCGCGCAAAAGUUUGCUUUGUGUUCAUUCUGCAGUGCUUUAUUUCGAUCAAGAGUUGUUCAGCUUCUGCUAUAGAUUUGCAGUUUGAAAAUGGAUGCUGCUGAACAGACACAGCGUACUAACCAGGUUAAAGAUCAAGUUGGAGAACGGUGCCAGAAAUUGUUUCAGGAUUUUCUGGAAGAAUUUACAGUUGAUGGAGAGUUAAAAUACUUACCUGAGGUUCAAGAAUUGAUUCGUCCGGAGCGAAACACAUUGUCGGUGAGCUUUGAGGACAUAGAAAAUUACAAUCAACAGUUGGCAACAACCAUAUUAGAAGAAUAUUAUCGUGUUUAUCCAUACUUGUGUCUUGCUCUGCGUAAUUUUGCUCAGGAUCAUGGUCAUGUUCCUCCUUCUAAAGAGUUCUACGUGAGUUUUAUGGAUGUACCGACUACUUUAAAGGUUCGAGAUCUCACAGCUGCUAAAAUUGGUACCUUGCUUCGUAUAUCCUGUCAAGUUGUUCGUACUCAUCCAGUCCAUCCAGAACUAGUUUCUGGAACUUUCAUGUGCUUAGAGUGUCGCACAGUUAUCAAAGAUGUUGAACAGCAAUUUAAGUACACGCAACCCAGCAUAUGCCGGAACCCUGUCUGUAAUAAUAGAACGAAAUUUCUUUUGGAUGUUAAUAAAUCCAGAUUUGUUGAUUUUCAAAAGGCCAGGGUCCAGGAAACCCAGUCGGAAUUGCCAAGAGGUAGCAUUCCCAGAAGUCUGGAAGUCAUCAUGCGAGCUGAAGCUGUUGAAAUGGCCCAGGCUGGUGACAAGUGUGAUUUCACAGGUACCCUGAUUGUGGUCCCUGAUGUAUCCCAGAUCACUGUACCUGGAGCACGUGCUGAAACCUCCACAAGAAUGAAAGGAAAUGAAGGCUAUGAGACUGAAGGGAUCAGGGGCCUUAAGGCCCUUGGUGUGCGAGAUCUAACAUAUAAAUUAGCCUUCCUUGCUUGUACAGUGACACCAAGUAACCCUAGACUUGGAGGUAACCGAGAAAAUAAAGAUGAAGAGAUUACUGCUCAGGCUCUUAAGAAACAGAUGACUGAUGAAGAAUGGCAUAAAAUAUAUGAGAUGAGUCUUGAUAAAAACCUGUACCAAAACCUCUGUUCAAGUCUUUUUCCUACAAUUCAUGGUUGUGAAGAAAUUAAGCGUGGGGUUUUGUUGAUGUUGUUUGGUGGAGUGCCAAAAGUGACAACUGAACAAACGAACUUGAGAGGGGACAUCAAUGUGUGUAUUGUCGGUGACCCUAGUACUGCAAAAAGUCAGCUGUUAAAGCAAGUGGAAGAGUUCAGUUCUCGAGCUGUUUACACGAGUGGAAAAGCUAGUAGUGCUGCCGGUCUCACUGCUGCUGUUGUUCGUGACGAAGAAUCUCAUGAGUUUGUGAUUGAAGCUGGUGCCCUUAUGUUAGCUGAUAAUGGUGUUUGCUGCAUCGAUGAGUUUGAUAAAAUGGAUCCCAGAGAUCAGGUUGCCAUUCACGAAGCAAUGGAACAACAAACAAUUUCAAUCACAAAAGCUGGUGUGAAGGCCACUUUGAAUGCUCGCACUUCAAUUUUGGCAGCUGCAAACCCAAUUGGGGGUCGCUAUGAUAGGACAAAACCUUUGAAACAGAAUAUAACUCUGACAGCACCUAUAAUGUCAAGAUUUGAUCUCUUCUUCAUUCUUGUUGAUGAAUGCAACGAAGCAAUAGAUUAUGCAAUUGCCACUCGCAUUGUUGAUUUGCAUUGCCGUUGUGAAGAAUCUGUGGUUCGUACCUACACCGUAGAAGAAAUCCGACGUUACCUUAUGUUUGCUCGACAGUUUAAACCAAAGAUCAGCAAAGAGUCUAUGGAAUACAUGGUUGAAGAAUACAAACAUCUUAGACAACGAGAUGGCACUGGUGCAACUCGCUCCUCUUGGAGAAUAACUGUUCGUCAACUUGAAAGUUUGAUUCGACUCUCAGAGGCUAUGGCUCGACUUUAUUGCCAAGAAAUGGUUCAACCGAAACAUGUGAAAGAAGCAUUCCGUUUGCUUAACAAGUCAAUUAUCCGUGUUGAUCAGCCAGACAUUCAUUUGGAAGAAGAAGGGGAUGAAGCUAUGGAGGUAGAUGAGGAACCAGCCCCAGAGGUGCCACACAGUGAACAGAAUGGUGUAUCUGAAGAUGCAGUGCCAUCUGGCUCUCCUGAACAAGAAAAAUCUCCCAAAUCAGACAAACCAAAGAAAAGCUUGAAAUUAACAUACGAGGAAUAUAAACAUAUGGCGAAUUUGUUGGUGCUGAACAUGAGACGUAUGGAAGAACAAGAAGAGGCUGCUGAUUCUGGUACUCGACGCAGUCAGUUGAUUGGUUGGUACCUACAUGAAAUCGAAGGAGAAAUUGAUAGUGAAGCAGAACUCAUUGAACGUAAGACUAUUGUUGAGAAGGUCAUCGAUCGUUUGAUUCAUCACGACCAUGUCCUCAUAGAGCUAAAACAGACUGGGCUGAAAUCCAUCUCCAAGCAUAAAGAAGAGACCCUUAUUAGAGAAGAUGACCCCUUCCUUGUUGUCCAUCCCAAUUAUGUCAUUGAUUCUUAAACUAUUUGGGGAUAAUUAACGCUGUUGCUUUUGCAGCUGAAGAGAACUUUUUUUUUUUUAAAUCAGACUCUUCUUUGGAGAAAAAUUUUACACACUCAUGCAGUAUUGUUUGGUGUUCAAACAUUGCUUUAUAAUUUGUUUAUAAAAACUGAUUGAGUUGCUUUCAACUUGAACCAGUUUCUGUUGAUGUAUGAAUUAUUCAAUAUGAUACUGCACUUAAACAUCAGAAGUAAUAUCUUGUACAAAUAAUGAUUCUUUCAUCUCUUUACAUAUUAACGUUUUUACCCUCAGUGAUGUAAAUAUAUAUAUAUAUGCCUACCAUUAUUGAAGUUCUCUUUUAUUUUCUUUGUUGUAUUGAUCAAUCAGAAUUUUAAAUAUUUUUUAUGAUUUAAUUAUAAAUGGAAAAAUCUAAAAAAAAAAUGUUUUAUAGAUGUAAAAACGUUUGUCAAUACUCAUAGAAGGGGGUACCCAAACGAAACCGGAAUUUUGCAAUAUUUUAUUUACUUAGUUUUACAUGAUUACACUGUCAUCGCUUUUAAAGUAUUCUCCUUUUGAAGCAGUGUGUUGAUCCAGAUGCAUUUUCCACUGUUGGAAGUGAUGCCUUUUAAUGCCUCCAUCGUUUUUUUUUUCUUCACCUCUUCUACAUCUGCAAAUUCUUUAGUGCCAGCUUCCGUCACCAGUGAUGACUUUUGAAAAAAAAUAAUGGUCCAGAUCAACUUCCAACUGUUCUUUCAGUUCGCGACACAUUCAGUCGUGACUGCUUUUGGUCUGCCAUGAGCAAGUGAGGCAUAAAUUUUGUUGCAAAUCUUUUCAUUCACAAUUCCUCACUAAAAAUUUGUUGGCAGGAGCUUCAAGACACACUAGUCAUGUCAAGUCUAUCAAUUGUUUGGUGACGGUCCUCCAUGAUCAAUUCAUAAACUUUUCAUUCGUUUAGGAGGUCAACAGUCGUCCCGAAUGAGGUUGGUCUUCAAACAACAAGUGACCAUUCCUAAAGCGUGAAAACCAUUCGUAAACUUGUGUUUUGCUCCUGGCAGCGUACUUGUAAGUUGUUUUGGCUGCUGUUUUCUCCAGCACAAAACAGAAUUCCUCGGAAGCAAGCUGUUCUUUCAUUUCAGCUGUCACAGAAAUCGAUGAACGGAGGAGAAGGACUGCAAGACAAAGAUGUACCACAUGGCAGUAUGACCUCACUGGACAAUGCCAGUCUGCAGACUGAUGCUUGAGGAUCACAUCAAGUGGCUUCUAGCAGCGGAAGCCUGAACUACAAUGGGCUUGUCCCACAUAACACUUCCAGUUACUUUUGGGUACCUCCUUGUAUAUCGUAAAAAACUGCUUUCUCUGUAUUUUUGUUGUUUUUUUUUUUUUGUAUGAUUGAUAUUUUACAGAAUUCUUUUGUAAUUUCAGAAAUAAAGCAUUCCCUAAAGUUUU